CACAGAUCAGAAGUCCAAAGCAAGACUUUCGUGUACACGAAGAAGAGGGGGUAUGACAUUACACGCAACCCCUACCUGAACAAGAGAGUUUUGUAGGCAGGCAUUAAAGCCAUGCCAAGAUUCCAGAACGGACAUCCAACCCAGGAGCAUAACCAGCUGAAGGCAUGGCCUUCUCUCUGGAGGAGCGAUUACAGCUCGGCAUCCACGGCCUCCUGCCCCCCUGCUUCCUUAGCCAGGAAGUCCAGCUCCUGCGGGUCCUCCGAAACUACGACCUCAAGAAGGAUGACCUGGACAGAUAUGUCUUUCUGAUGGGUCUUCAGGACCGCAAUGAGAAGCUGUUCUACCGUGUGCUGACCUCAGACAUAGAGAGGUUUAUGCCAAUCGUGUACACGCCCACCGUGGGCACCGCCUGCCAGCAUUACGGCCUCACCUUCAGGAGGCCCAGGGGUCUUUUCAUCACCGUUCAUGACCGCUCCCAUAUCCCCACACUGUUGCAGAGCUGGCCAGAGAAGGAUGUUCGGGCCGUCGUGGUGACAGACGGGGAGAGGAUCCUGGGGCUUGGGGACCUGGGCUGCUAUGGCAUGGGCAUCCCCGUGGGCAAACUGGCCCUGUACACAGCCUGCGGGGGCAUGCCGCCCCAACACUGCCUCCCCGUCAUGCUGGAUGUGGGCACAGACAACACAGAACUACUGAAGGACCCUCUGUACAUAGGGCUGAAACAUAAGCGAGUCCGAGGACAGGCUUACGACGAGCUGAUUGAUGAGUUCAUGAAGGCUGUAACAAGCAGGUAUGGGAUGAACUGUCUCAUACAGUUUGAGGACUUUGCCAACGUCAACGCCUUCCGUCUUCUGAGCAAAUACCGUAACAAGUAUCUCACUUUCAACGAUGACAUUCAAGGUACAGCAGCAGUGGCAGUGGCUGGCCUGUUGGCUGCCCUUCGCAUUACAAAAAGCAAAAUGUCCGAUCACACCAUUGUGUUCCAGGGUGCAGGAGAGGCAGCUAUGGGCAUAGCUGAGCUCAUUGUCAUGGCAAUGGAAAAGGAGGGGCUCCCGCAUGAGGCAUGUCUGAGGAAGAUUUGGAUGGUUGACUCCAAGGGUCUGAUCGUUAAGGGCCGGAGUUACCUGACCCAUGAAAAAGAGAGGUUCGCCCACGAGCAUGCUCAGAUGAAGAAUUUAGAAGAUGUGGUUCAGGACUUGAAGCCCACUGCCAUCAUUGGGGUAGCAGCCAUUGCUGGUGCAUUCACACAGCGCAUCAUUAAAGACAUGGCAUCCUUCAACAAGAGACCAAUCAUUUUUGCACUCAGCAACCCAACCAGCAAGGCAGAGUGCACUGCCGAGCAGUGUUACAAUCUCACAGAGGGGAGAGGUAUAUUUGCCAGUGGAAGCCCAUUUGAUCCUGUAACUCUCGCAGAUGGACGGACGUUCUACCCCGGCCAGGGCAACAAUGCCUACGUGUUCCCUGGUGUGGCACUAGGGGCUACAGCCUGUGCUAUGAGGCACAUUACUGAAGAUAUUUUCCUCACAACAGCUGAGACAAUCGCUCAGCUGGUGACAGAGCAUGACCUUGCAGAGGGGAGACUAUAUCCUCCUCUCUGCAGGAUUCGUGACGUUUCCUUCAGAAUAGCAGUGAAGAUUGUGGAAUACGCGUACGAGCACAAGAUGGCAGCACUGCACCCAGAACCCGCCGAUAAAGAAGAAUUAGUGCGUACACUCAUCUAUAGCACGGAUUAUGAUGAAUUUGCUGUGGACUCUUACACCUGGCCAGAGGAGGCCAUGACCGUUCAGAAUUGCAAACUGUGACCACUCCGUUCACAGACUGCAAGCACAGAUUCAUAGACAUCUGAAUAUGUCUUUAAAUGCUUGAGAGUUUUUAUUUUAUGAUGCAGUUGGUAGCUGUAACCUUUGCUGAUAUGACUUAAUAAAAUAUGAAUUGAUUAGCCAUUUA